AUGGCUGCAGAAAAAUCUGCAUUUGAUCAAACGUUUUGUUUCACGCAUCUUCCUUCCAAGAAAUUCCCAUUUCUACAGGACAGAGCGACACUAGAACUGCUGAUGAAAUGGUCCAUGAUGGGGAGGAUUUCUGCUCAAUCUUACAGUUUUGACCAAAGCUUCUACCCGUACAGCAGUGAAAAUUUUGCACUGAGUUUCUUCAGAAACCCUAAUGUGGCGGCCAGCCUGCGAAGGAUGGAGGCAGGAGCCUGGGUACCUCUUGACAAGCCAGUGGUGUCUGUUGAUGUUGAGGUUGUGCCAUGCAGUAAGGUCUCCAUGGAGCUGUUUGACCCCAUUUACUCUUGUGGGAUUGUGACACCCUCUGGACAGAUUGUCAAAUGUCUCCAUGACGUUCACCCCGACUACGAUGAACUGAGACAGAUGCUCCAGGAGGAGGAAUCUGAACACUACUAUGUGGUUGGGAGAGAGGAGAGAGGGGAGUUUCUGUUUCGCCUCUUUAAGCACCUGUGUUUGGGAGGGGAACUCUGUCAGUAUGAAGAUACCAUUGAGCCUUACAUCAACACCACAAAGCAAAUCUACAAAGAUCUGAUCAGUGUGCAGAAGAAUCCAGAGACCAAGGAGAUCAGUGCUAUUUCAACAGUUCUCAGAGUCCAUGCUUAUGAUGAAGAUGGCCAUCGUUACCCUGGAAAGCAAGAUGAAGAGCAGACAUUUGUCUACCUGAUAGUCGACCCCUUCAAACGACACGUGUGCUUACUCUACCACUGCUAUGGGGUAGGAGCCUUCACACUAUGA